UUUUCAUUUUAGUCUGUGAUGUGACAAGGAUUGUUGUGAGUCAGUCUGGGCUUUUGCUUUCGGCGUUUUGUAUUUUCAUCAAAAUUCCAACAUCUUAAUAUUUGUACGAUUGAGUACAAAUAAUGAAAAAUGGCUAUAAACUUAGAAAAACAUAAACAAGCACUAGUCGACGCCUGGAAAGAUGUUCUAGACGAAAAAACGGAUACCAAUUGGGCUCUAUUUGGAUAUGACGGUUUAACGAAUGACCUCAAGCACAUCAGCAGCGGGGACGGAGGACUCACGGAGCUUAUAGAUGAAUUUAACAGCGGCAAAAUACAAUAUGCCUUCCUCAAGGUUGAUUUGCCCAAUGGCAGCAUAUCUAAAUAUGUGCUUAUCAACUGGCAGGGCGAAGGCGCUCCGACUGUACGAAAGGGAACGUGCGCUAAUCAUAUCAAGCAUGUGUCCCAGCUGUUCAACGGUUUCCAUGCAACCAUGCAUGCGAGGACUGAAGACGAUCUGGACGAGAAGAUCAUAUUGGAUAAACUGGCUAAAGCUGGCUCGGCAUUCAACUUCAAGUCUAGGACCGAGGAGUUGCCGCCCAGUGGACCUGUCGGGACCACGUAUAAAAAAGUUAAUCCUGUUCAAGAAAUCAAUUCCAAGGAAAGGGACCAGUUUUGGAUGAAAGAGGAAUUAGAAGAGAAGAGGAGAGUCGAAGCGGAGAGGAAGCGCAGGGAAGAGGAAAAGAAGAAAGGCGAGGAAGAAUUGAGAAGAAGAGAUGAGUUAGAGGCAGCAAAGAGAGCGCAAACAGAACAACAAAAGCCCCCUCAAUCGGACGCGGAGGGCCUCCGACGACAAAGGUCUCAAGAAGCUCGGGCCCUUAUCGGUGCCUCGACCGCCGCCGCUAGGGCUGUGUUCCAAGAACAUUUAGCGCAGGGCCAGCGAGUCACUAAGUCAAACUCCAUACCAGAGAAGCCAAUCAGAAGUUCAGUGAUAGCGCAAAGGAUAAACACUUUCUCUCAGAACACGUCACAGACGACCCCGAGACCGAAAACUCCGCCGGCGAAACAAGAGACGGACACUCUCGGCGACGAACAUCAGCCACCAGCAAAAACCAGCCCGCUCAAAAACAUCGAUAAGAUAAAAAUGUGCCUCGAGAGCCCCUCGCAGAUACAGCACGAGCCGAUCAUAGACCCGACCGACCUCAGCCCGAGCGCGGAGAAUCAACCCGGCUCGUUCAGCGCCGUCAGCUACACCGAAUACAACAAGCAGAGCGAGCCCAUCAUUAAGCAGAACAUUGUGGACAACGAAAUGUUCGACGCUUACUACAGCUCCAACGAAAACGACGACGAGGACAGCGACAACAAGUUCAGCACCAUAAAGAGGUCGCCCUACACCAAGAACGGCGACAGGGAGCUGAGCAGGCAGGACACGGUCAUAGAGAACGUCCGCUACAAGGAGAACGGCGCCGCGGACGUUGAAGAUGUUUCGCCCGAGGGUAUGGAGGAGAGCACCAUAUAUGAAGACCUGGACGAUGACCCCGGACUGUCAGCCAGAGCGCUGUAUGACUACCAGGCUGCUGAUGAGUCCGAGAUCACAUUCGACCCGGGUGAUGUGAUCACACACAUUGAGCAGGUGGAUGCCGGCUGGUGGCAGGGACUCGGCCCCCGGGGACAUUUUGGCCUCUUCCCCGCUAACUAUGUAGAACUACUGCCUCCACCACGCUAGGUAAUUUUACAUCGCCACCUACAUCUGUAUGUCGGCCGCUACUCCGACAAGGAUCCUUGCUAUCAAAAUGUUUACACUAAACCUCGGUUAAGUAUUGAGUUAAUUCGAGAUUUAUAACACCAACCAAACUCCUUCGCUAUCAGCUACGUACGUUUUAUUUGUUUUUUUUUAUAUAACGACCAAACUACAUAUAUUAUUAGAAUUAGAAAUGUGACGUCAGCAGCAAUAAAAUAUCUUUAUUCUCAUAAUAAGAUUAAUUUUAAAUUAGACGUCCAGGAACUAUUGACUUAUGAUCAUAAUUGUAUUAAUUAUCAUAAUUGUAUUAUUUUUGAACUUUUUGCAUUUAUUAAUUAACUGAAUAUUUUUUUUUUAUAUUCUGGACAGUGCUUCCCAAGGUCCAGACGGCGCGGCUAAAGUGGUUUAUAUUAUAGCUUGUUAUAUUUUAGUCAAAAUAAAAUUCUUUUCGAUCUCUUAAUAGAAAUUACUUAUUAGUUAUUGCUACUUAAUAAUUAAUUAGUGCUUGAUGAAAUUUAUUAACAACAAACUUUUUAGAUUUAAAAAAAUGUACUUGUUAUUCGAACUUUUUGAACAGACUGAAAAAAAAGUCAGAACUGUAAUUAUGAGGUUUUAAACUAAAAAAAAAAAACUUUUAAAUCAAAAUUGUUCUGUCUACAUAAAAUUUGAAUGUGUUUAUUCUUAAAUUUCGAGUCAUAGGAUUUUUUCCUAUUAGAAUUUCUUACUAAUAGCUUUUAUUCAAAUAGACUAAUUAUAGGCCUUGUUGAAUGGAGGUGUGACUUGAUAACCUUAGAAACCAAUUAUAUCCUCGAAAUUGUGUCUUAGUAGUGCCAAAAAUGAUUUAUACCCAAUUUUGUACGAUUUUGUAUGUAAUAUUGCGAUUGAAAGCGGGCCUCGUAUACAAAAUAAAAAAAACACGUGAUCAGUGAACAGCCCCCGUUUUAAAUGUUCAUUAGUAUUGUACGCACCGAGUCUACACUAAAGUUUUUUAGACCUUUUAGAAUGUUAAGCCCUGAACAGACACAAGCCGCGAGCUUGAAUCUGUAAACGAUUUAUUUAAUCACAUUAUUAUAAUUUUAAUUCCUAAGUCGCAGGUCACAAAUAAAUGUACUGAUAUUAUAAACUGAAAAAAAAUAUGUACAGCAUUUUAGAUUUACACUUAGUGGUAGCUUGUUAAGUUGAUAUGUUUAGUGCAAUUAGAACUGUGUCUAUUAUGUUUCUCCCUAGGUGGUACUAAAUAGCUUACUGGAUAUAGCUUUAAAUUUUUAUCGAUACUUUACACAAUGCUAUUAUUCGUUUGACAUUUAUUCUUUUUUAAUCGAUAAUCAUGAUAGUAUUCCGUUACCUAUUAACUACAAUAAAAUAUGAUUUGUAAAGGACAAUAUUUUUCCUUAGUAUACUCGUUUAAAGCGUUUUUUGCUUAUUCCGAUGUAUUCGAUGGGAAUGUUAAUAUUUUGUGAUCAUUAUAGCCGUGUACCCGGCCGUAUGGGCUGUAUGUAUGUUUGUCACACUACAUUCCCUGUUGUAUGGUGCUCCGUUGUAUUGUAACAUAACUGUACAUUCGUAACCUAUUUUCGAAUAAACUGAGCUAGACAA